UGCGCUCACGGUGGCCGCCCCAAUGAGAGGACCGGAUGGGGACGUUUUCUCCCGUGAGAACAAAGCACAAGUUAUAUCAGAGUGUGGUUCGGGUAGAGGAAAUCAGUACGUGUACAUCUGAGCUAGGAGAUCGCUUAUAUUUUGCUACUCUAAGGAAUAGACCAAAAAGCACAGUAAAUACACACUAUUUCUCCAUCGAUGAGGAGCUGGUCUAUGAAAAUUUCUAUGCAGAUUUUGGACCUCUGAACUUGGCAAUGGUGUACAGAUACUGCUGUAAACUAAACAAGAAACUAAAAUCAUACAGCUUAUCAAGAAAGAAAAUUGUGCACUACACCUGCUUUGACCAACGGAAAAGAGCAAAUGCAGCAUUUUUGAUAGGUGCUUAUGCUGUAAUCUAUUUAAAGAAGACACCAGAAGAAGCCUACAGAGCACUCCUAUCUGGCUCAAACCCCCCGUAUAUUCCGUUCAGGGAUGCUUCCUUUGGAAAUUGCACUUACAACCUCACCAUCCUCGACUGUUUGCAGGGAAUCAGAAAGGGAUUACAACAUGGAUUUUUUGACUUUGAGACAUUCGAUGUGGAUGAAUAUGAACAUUAUGAGCGAGUUGAAAAUGGUGACUUCAACUGGAUUGUUCCAGGAAAAUUUUUAGCAUUUAGUGGACCACAUCCUAAAAGCAAAAUUGAAAAUGGUUACCCCCUCCAUGCUCCCGAAGCCUACUUUCCUUACUUCAAAAAGCAUAAUGUGACUGCGAUCGUGAGGCUGAACAAGAAGAUAUAUGAGGCAAAGCGCUUCACAGAUGCUGGCUUCGAGCACUACGAUCUCUUCUUCAUAGACGGCAGCACGCCCAGCGACAACAUCGUGCGACGGUUUCUGAACAUCUGUGAGAACACCGACGGGGCGAUCGCGGUUCACUGCAAAGCUGGUCUCGGAAGAACAGGGACGUUGAUAGCCUGUUACGUAAUGAAACAUUACAGGUUUACACAUGGUGAAAUAAUCGCUUGGAUCAGAAUCUGCCGGCCAGGCUCCAUCAUAGGACCCCAGCAGCACUUCCUGGAAGAGAAACAAACAUCACUGUGGGUUCAAGGAGACAUUUUCCGAUCCAAGCUGAAAAACAGACCAUCCAGUGAUGGAAGUAUUAAUAAGAUUCUUUCCAGCUUGGAUGAUAUGUCUAUUAGUGGAAACUUAUCUAAAAUACAAAACAUGGAAAGAUUUGGAGAGAAUAAUUUAGAAGAGGAUGAAGACGUUGAGAUGAAAAAUUGUAUAACCCAGGGAGACAAACUACGUGCCUUAAAGAGCCAGAGACAGCCACGCUCCUCACCAUCCUGUGCAUUUAGGUCAGAUGAGAUGAAAGGGCACCCUCGAGCAGUGUCCCAGCCUCUCAGAUUAAGUUCUUCCCCACAAGGAUCUGCAUCUACUUUGAAGACCGCAAAAGUGGCUUUGUCCCCUUCAGCAACGGCCAAGAGGAUAAACAGAAGCUCUUUGUCCUCAGGCACCAGCGUAAGAAGCUUUUCCAUAAACUCCCGGCUAGCCAGCUCUCUAGGGAACCUGAACGUGGCCACAGACGAUCCAGAGAACAAAAAGACCUCCUCAUCCUCAAAGGCAGGGUUCACAGCUGGCCCGUUCACCACCUUCCUGAAUGGCAGCUCCCAGCCGACCUCCAGAAAUUACCCUGAGCUCAACAACAACCUCCAGUACAACCGGAGCAGCGGCAGCAUGGGGGGCAAUCUGAACAGCCCCCCAGGCCCCCACAGCACCAAGACCGAGGAGCACAGCACCCCCCUCCGACCCACCUACGCCGGGCUGUCCUCUCCUCCAGCGCGAUUCCUGAGCCGUUCUAUCCCCUCCCUUCAGUCUGAAUAUGUUCAUUACUAAGGCCUUGCCACUCCGCUGAACGCCCUUCCACACAGUUUCUUCAUCUGGACGAGCAAUGCAGAGGGAAAGCAACUGCUCCCUGGGAGAAUAUCUCUGCCUCCCUACCUUAAAUUAAAGGGAGCACUGAUAACACCUUCAGAGACUUGAAACCAGAAACCUGUUUAAUGACUACUAUAAAUGCACUGAAACUAUGUUUAUGGAGAUUUCAACCCUUUUAAAGACAGUUUUAAUGUUGAACUUGGUAUUUUGAGAGGUUAUUUUUAAUGUAUUUCAAUAAUACAUUUGCUAUUACAUUUACAUGUACAGUGUUACAUUAUGUAUGUAUUGUGAACUUUGAAAGACUAUUUUGAUAAAUUUAUAAAUGUAUAAAAUUAUGUAAAAACUAGACUAUAUUUUACAUUAGAUUUUCCUGCUAUUUGCUACCAAAAAUUUGUAUUUUAAAUUUGUUCAGUUUUAGUACGAUUUUUGUCUACAUUGAAUAAGGAAUUCCUCCUUAUUGAGCAAAAUAAAAGAGAAAGUUUUUAAAGUGAUUUUUUAAUGCUCCCACUGUGAAUAUAGUACAUCAGAUCAUUCUUUUGGGAAGUCAGUCUGAUUUGAUGAGUUUAUCCAAGUUGAUCUCUAUCAGGAGUAUAAUUGCUUGAUACAGCAUAUUUAGGGCAAUUCCCUUUGCCUUUGUUUUUGUUGCUGAGACAUUUAAAUUAGUUUUGCAUCACUGGGGGAUUUAAAGAACUUAGCAUCCAGUUUAAGAUCAGAAUUCACUGGGACCAGCAGUAAGCAUACUGGCUAUGUCACUGGACUCCCAGUAGUCGACCUUGAUUCAAGUCCUGGACCCGGUGGCUUAAAUUCACGCCGGGC